GGGUGGGAAUAAUCUGUAUAAAAGGAGAGCCAGUGCCAUUUCUCGAGUUUAGUAUCGCUGAGACGGCUAUGUGGUGUUUGCUGUGGAUAUUUCUGGCUCUGCUGGAGUCGGGAGUGCUCAGUCAGCCCCUGUCGGUGCUCUUCUCCGGGGACUUUGGCAGGAGCUUGGAUGCCGAUCGGGAGACAGAAGACCUGCUCUUCUUCGAACAUCCUGCCAAGGCGUACUCCUCCGAUGAUCUGUUCGGGGAUGUGCAGAAAUUUGUCAUUGGCGUCCAUCAGUUUGUCCAGCAUCCCUCGUCCUCACUGUACAGUGCCCUCAAUCAGCUGCAGGCGAAUGCGAAAAAGAACCACAAGAAGCAGAAGCACCCUCUGUUCGGAGGCCAGAAAGUGGUUCUCGAUCCCCCUGGCAGUGUUUCUUUCAAUUUGGGAUGGUCCCUCAACUUUCAGCUGACGAACAGCAUUGCCAUCACGCGUACAUACUCGUACAGUCGUGGCUGAUGGCCGGCACAUGAACAAAAAUAUAAAUAAAAUCUGAAUUAAAGGGAA